CUCACAGCCAAGCAGCAUGGCGGAGGCCCGUGCCAUUGCAACUCUGUCUGCGGACUUUACCUCUAACAACAAUGACAUUGGCCUGAUGUAUACCGAAUCCGGCCUGCAGUUCCGUUUGCAACUGUCUGUGCCGCCGCCGAAGAAGCUUGCGCGCAACACCAAGCGUGCGGUGUACAAGCUGCGGAAUGUGGUGUUCAACGCGGUGUAUCCAUUUGGCGCCAUCGCCACCAUCCUCGCCGUGGCUGGCAUGAUCGGCUACACGCUCUACUUUUCGCCCGAGGACUGCGAGUCGAUCUUCUGUCUCGGAUGGAUCUACUCCUCGGUCUGGUCCAUCCUGCAAUGGAUGCCGCUCAUCUCGCUCCUGCCGGAGCAAUUCCAGGUCGUGUACGCUGCUGCCCUGGCGGGCUUUGUCUUUGCCAUUCUCCUCGCCGCCGUUCAGCGGUACAUCCUCCGCGGCCUGCUGACAUACCGCGGCUGGAUGUGGGCAUCGCGCAAGGGCGCUAACCUGCACAUCAAGGCCUGGGCCCUGCUGGUCAAGCUCUUCUCCGGCUCGUCGCCCAAGCUCUACUCGUUCCAGGGCUCGCUCCCGCGCCUCCCGGUCCCGCCGCUCGCCGACACCGUCCGCCGCUACCUCGAGUCGAUCGAGCCGGUGGUCGAGCCCGCCGAGUUUGAGCGGAUGACCGAGCUUGCACACAAGUUUCUGGCCAACGAGGGUCCGUCGCUCCAGCGUUACCUCGUCCUCAAGUCGUGGUACGCUGCUAACUACGUCUCGGACUGGUGGCAGCGCUUUGUCUACCUCCGCGGCCGCUCGUCCAUCUGCAUCAACUCCAACUACUACACACUCGACACCCAGGCUGAGCUCGGAACGUCCAACCCGGUCGCCCGUGCCGCUCGCAUGAUCACUUGCUUCCUCGAGUUCAAGCGCCUCAUCGACCACGAGGAGGUCGAACCCAUCAUGGCUGGCGUCACACCCAUGUGCAUGAACCAGUACAAGCAGCUCUUCUCCACCACCCGCAUCCCGGGCCGCGAGGAGGACAAGCUCGUGACGUUCGAGGACUCGCGCCACAUUGUCAUUUCGGCUUGUGGUAAUUACUACUCGCUCCCGGUCUACUCGCACUCGGGCCGCGUCCUCUCUGUCGGCGAGAUCGAGGAUCAGCUGCUGCUCAUCGUCGCCGACGCCGAGGCCCACCGCGACGAGUCCGCCGCCGGCAAGGUCCCGGCACUCACCGGCGCGAACCGCACCAAGUGGGCCGAGGCGCGCUCCGACUACUUUUCGUCCGGCACCAACAAGGCCGCCCUCAACCUCAUCGAGACCGCCAUCUUCUACGUCCACAUGGACGACACCGCGCCCGACUCGUGGUCCGGCCGCGCCCGCCGCGCCAUCCACGGCUCCGGCUCCAACCUCUGGUUCGACAAGUCUGUCGAGCUCGUUGUUUUCAAGGACGCCCACAUCGGCCUCAACGUCGAGCACUCGUUCGCCGAUGCCCUCGUCAUCGCCCACCUCUGGGAGCACUGCCUGCUCUCGUACGAGUCGCUCGCCUCUACCUCUCUCUCGCUCUACGGGUCCGAUGGCUUCAACGUCCGCGAGCCCGGCGCGCCGGCAAAGUCCGUCAAGUCCAUCUCCACCAAGCUCAAGUUUGACAUUGCGCCCGGCUCGCAGGCUGAGGCUGCCAUCCUCGCCGCAGAGGCCGCCAUCAUCGCCGACGCCGAAGACCUCGACCUUCACGUCCACCACUUUUCGUCAUGGGGCAAGGACGCGUGCAAGGCCAUGGGCGUCUCGCCCGAUGCCUUUGUCCAGAUGGCCCUCCAGCUCGCCUACUACCGCGACUCGGGUGGCAAGCACGUCCUCACCUACGAGGCCGCCUCCACCCGCCUCUUCCGCAACGGCCGCACUGAGACCAUCCGCUCCUGCACCAAGGACGCCGCUCACUUUGUCCGCCUCAUGGAGAGUGGCACUGCAGACAAGGCCAACAUCGCUGCCGCCCUUCGCACCGCCAUUGCCCAGCACGGCAAGCUCACCCGCAACGCCAUGACCGGCCGCGGCGUCGACCGCCACAUCUUCGGCCUCCUCGUCGUCGCCAUGGGCCUCGAGCGCGAGUCGGAGUUCCUCUCCGAGGCCAUGAAGGCCAAGUGGACGCUCUCCUCCUCGCAGCAGCCUGCCCGCCAGACAACCCGCUGGAACCCGAACAAGCCUGUCGAUGCCGUUCGUCUCUCGCUCGGCGGCGGCUUUGGCCCCGUCGAUCGCGACUCGGGCUACGGCGUCUCCUACCUCGUUGGCGGCGCCUCCUCCAUCGCCUUCCACGUCUCCUCCUGCCGCUCGUCCGGCAAGACGAACUCGACCCGCUUCAUCGGCCACAUCGACCAGGCUCUCAACGACAUGCGUGCCAUCCUCUCGUAG